CCCAGGCCGGAGGAGGUGGAGGCGGCGGGAGCUGUGCCGGGGCUGGCUGGAGCCGCGGCAAGGAGCAGACCUGGCGCUGGUGGUGCUGGAGCAGUUCCUGGCCGCCUGCUGUGGUCACGCAGAGUGUGAAGGUCGAGGACGUGUCGUCAGACACGAUGCAGCCCACAGGGGCACCGCAGGAGCCUGGUGAGUCCUGGCCGGAGCAGCCACGCGCCUGUCAUGCAGACAGGCCUCUGGAAGAGUCGGGAGACGUGGAAACCUUGGGGCCUCGGGACAACCCACCUGACGUCCCCAGAGAGGAUGCCCCGCCCCCCCGGGAGCCAGGUGCUUGCACCCUGAGCAGAGCAGAGCAGCAGCCUCCUGAGGAGGGUCCUGGAAACCUGGAGCUGCAGAGGACUUCGCCAGGGAGGCUAGAGGAGAGGAGCUCCCUGACACCUGAGCCGGGCCAAGUGCAGAGGGGGCAGGGCAGGCCUCCAAAGCAGGAGGAGAGCUGGGAGGUCCGGGAGGUGUUUGAGGACGUGGCCGUGUAUUUCACGCGGAGGGAGUGGGAGCUGCUGGAAGAUGACGACAAGGUGCUUUACCAGGACCAGAUGCUGAAGAAUUUCAACACCCUCGUUUCCCUGGGAUAUCGAGGUCCUGCACCUGACUUAAUCUGCAGCAUCCAGCAAGGACAAGUGGAGCUCUGGGUCUGCGAUGAUGAGGACUGUGGGGAAAUCUCAAGAUCUGACGAUCUGCUAGCAGGAGGUGCCUGGCUGCUGAGCAGAGCUGAGGAGCAGCCUCCUGUGGAAGGGCCUGCAGACCUGGAGCCAGCAUGGACUUCCCUAGGGAGUUUGGGUGAGGUUGGCUCCUGGAGACCUGAAAAGGAGCAGUGGCACACGAGUCAGGGGAGGCCACAAAACCAGCAGGAGAAUGUGGCAGUGAACCAGCACAUCCACCUGGGCACGAAGACACACCGCUGCACUGCAUGCUGUAAGAACUUCAUUUGCUGGCAAGACCUGUCCCAGCACCAGUGUGUGCAGCACUGCUGCACCAAGUGUGGGAAGAGAUUCAGGCAGCUGUCCAGCCUGGCCAGGCACUGGUGCAUGCACACAAGGGAGAAACCACAUCAGUGCUUGGAGUGUGGGAAGAGCUUCACUCACUCCUCUGGCUUGGCUCAACACCAGCGUUUCCACACAGGGGAGAAGACGCAUCAUUGCUCACAGUGUGGGAAGAGCUUCAUCCAAUCCUCCAGCCUGACCAAGCAUCAGCUCAUCCACACGGGGGAAAAGCCACAUCAGUGCUCAGAGUGUGGGAAGAUCUUCACCCAAUCCUCCCACCUGGCCCGGCACCAGCGUAUCCAUACAGGGGAGAAACCACAUAAAUGCUCAGAGUGUGGGAAGAGCUAUGCUGGGUCCUUUGGCCUGGCUCAGCACCAGCAUAUCCACACAGGGGAGAAGCCACAUAAAUGCUCAGAGUGUGGGAAGAGCUACGCUACGUCCUUUGGCCUGGCUCAGCACCAGCAUAUCCACACAGGGGAGAAGCCACAUCAAUGCACAGAGUGUGGGAAGAGCUUCACCCAAUUCUCCCACCUGGCCCAGCACCAGCGUACCCACACAGGGGAAAAGCCAAUUCGGUGCUUGGAGUGUGGGAAGAGCUUCACUCAGUACUCCAACCUGGCCCGGCACUGGCGCAUCCACACAGGGGAGAAGCCAUAUCAGUGCUCAGAGUGUGGGAAGAGCUUCAGCCGGUCCUCCCACCUGGCCCGGCACCAGCUCAGCCACACGGGGGAAAAGCCACAUCAGUGCUCGGAGUGUGGGAAGGGCUUCAGCCUGUCCUCCCACCUGACCCAGCACCAGCUCAUCCACACGGGGGAAAAGCCACAUCAGUGCUCAGAGUGUGGGAAGAGCUUCACCCAGAUCUCCAGCCUGGCCCAGCACCAGCUUAUUCACACAGGGGAGAAAGCACAUCAGUGCUCAGACUGUGGGAAGAGCUUCAUUUAUUUCUCCUACCUGACCAGGCACCGGCUCAUCCACACGGGGGAAAAACCACAUUGCUGCUCGGAGUGUGGGAAAAGAUUCACCCGAUUCUCCCACCUGGUCCAGCACCAGCGUAUCCACACAGGGGAGAAACCACAUAAAUGCUCAGAGUGUGGGAAGAGCUAUGCUCACUCCUCUGGCCUGGCUCAGCACCAGCGUAUCCACACAGGGGAGAAACCACAUAAAUGCUCACAGUGUGGGAAGAGCUACACUCAGUCCUCUGGCCUGGCUAAGCACCAGUGUAUCCACACAGGGGAGAAGCCAUAUCAGUGCUCAGAGUGCGGGAAGAGCUUCAGCGAGUCCUCCCAAGUGGCCCAGCACCAGCUUAUCCACACAGGGAAGAAGGCACAUCACUGUUUGGAGUGUGGGAAGAGCUUCACAUCCUCCUCCAGGCUGGCUCGGCACCGGGUCAUCCACACGGGGGAGAAGCCACAUCAUUGCUCCGAGUGUGGGAAGAGCUUCAGCCAGUCCUGCAACCUGGCCAAACACCGGCUCAUUCACAUGAAGGAGAAGGCACAUUAGUGCUCAGAGUGUGACAAGAGCUUUAGUCGAUCUUUGCACCUGGCCCGGCACCAGUUCAUCCACAUGGGAGACAAGCCACAUCAGUGCUCGGAUUGCGGAAAGCGCUUCAACCUAUUUUGCGACCUAGCCCGGCACCAGCUCAUCCACACAGGGGAAAAAACCACAUCAGUGCUUGGAGUGUGGGAAAGGCUUCACCCAGUCAUCCAGCCUGGUUAAGCUCCAGCGCAUCCACACAGGGGAGAGGCCACAUCAGUGCUCAGAGCGUGGGAGGAGCUUCACUCAGUCCUCCCACCUGGCCCGGCACAAGCUUGUCCACAUAGAGAAGAAACCAUAUCAGUGGUCAGAGUGUGGGAAGUGCUUCCCCCACUCUUCUACUGUGGCCCAGCACCAGUGCAUCCACAUCCAGGAUCAUCCAUAAUUGUGCCAGCAAAGUAGGGAGGGCUUUGGGAUGUCUGCCCGCUCAGCACCUGCCAGUGUCUGUAGCCAGGCAAGCAGCCUCAUGCUGGUGGACUGCAGCAAGGGUUCCCCCAUGAUUCCCCUCUGCUAGGGCCCUGCAGAGCCCAAAAGGCACAAAUUCUGUCUCUGAAGACUUGAUGAGGGGAAGGAGUUAAAAGGAAACAUCUCGGCUAGAUGCCAGCCCAGAUGCCGGGGAAACCUGUGAGGAGAUGAUCUUUGCAUCUGCCUUGGAGCCUGUGCCAUCCCCAUCUUUCUCUAAAAGCAGCCAGUGCUUCCGGGGUCAGGUGAAGUGCCUUCACGAUAGGAUGGCUUCCUGUACACAAUUGGGUCCAAAUGCCACCCAGGUCCAAAUGCCACCCAGGGACAGGGACUAUUCGACUGCCUCCCAGCUUUGUCCUCCUGCUCCCAGGGUUGUGGUGUGUGAGGCUCUUGCAUUGCAAGAAGGAAGCCGUUUAUGGCUGGGGAAGCAUUUCCUGCCUUCCACCUUGACCUUCCCUUUCCUCCCAAGCACAUCACUCUGCUCCCAGGCCUGCACGUGCCCUUUGGAGUCUGCAGGAAGCUGCUACUGUCACCCCGUGAGCCCAGUUUGCCAGUUUUGCUUCUCAGCCCCUUGUCACAACUCUGCAGCACCAUUUGCCAGCUGCCCCCGCCCUCCUUCCUUUCUCUAUAACAGAGUCCUUUCUAAUCAAGCCCCACAAGUAACAUAUUCAUAGUUAUUAGGGGCUGGAAGGGACCUUACUGAUUUUUUUGGGUCCAGCCCCCCUGUGCUUGGGCAGGAAAGACUGUUGGGGUCAGAUGACCCCAGCAAGAUGGGCAUCAAGACACUUUUCGAAGAUCACCUUUAGGGAGAGCCUGUUUCAAACCCCAAAGAAGUUUUUUUCUAUGUCCAGUCUGAAGUAAUCUUCAAUCAGCUUGUGCCCAUUAGUUCUAGUCCUCCCCUGGGGGGCCUUGGUGAAGAGAUGCUCCCCCAGGCCCUGAUGGACUCCCGUGAUAUAUUUAUAGGCUGCCACCAAGUCCCCUCUGAGUCGUCUUUUCUCCAGGCUGAACAGUCCCAAGUCUUUCAGCCUCUCUCACGUGACCUGGUCUCUAGGCCUCUAAUCCUGCACGUGGCCCUCCUUCGGACUCUCUCAAGCUUCUCCACAUCCUUCCUGAAGUGCAGCGCCUGUAACUGGAUGCAGUCCUCCAGCUGCUGUCUCACCAAGGCCAAGCAGAGCAGGAGGAUGACGUCUUUAGACUUGCUCGAGAUGCCUCAGCAGAUGCAUGGGAGUGUUUGAUUAGCUCUGCCAGCUACAGCAUCACAUUGGUGUCUCGUGUUCAUGUUGUCUGUCAUGACACCCAAGUCCCGUUCAGUUGUGGUGCUGGCAAGCGUAGCACUGCCAUGCCUGUAAGUGUGUUGUGGAUUAUUUCUCCCCAGAUGGAGCUGUAAAGAAAUCCUUUUUCUCUUGGUGGCCUCCCUUCUUGGAGUCUGCCCAGCCCCACCUCUGGUUUCCAACUCUGGCUGCUGGAUCCACCUGAUCUCCUAGGUGAUGCCAGUGGGAGCGGGGGACUCGGUCUUCCUUUGUUCCAGCUUCCUGCCCAGAUACUUGGGAGGCACUGGUCUCUCCGCCGGGGUGGGGGCAUUGCUGAUGUUGCUCCAGCUAACUAGCCUGCAUCAGCCGUGCUCUGAGGAUCCUGGUUUUUGGUUGGAGCUUAGUGAUGAGGUCAGAAAAGUGAUAAAAAGAGGUCGCUCUCUCUUGGGAGAGGCAGACAUUUUUUGGGGAUGCUGAAACAAGCAGAAGGACUCCAGACCUCCAUCAGUCUGUGGAUGGACAUGUGAGUAACUUACCUGAAAUUUAGCCAGUAAUUUAGGAUUAAGCGAACUAGACAUGUAUUGAACGGGCCAACAAGCCCAUUCUGUUUUCCUGAAACCAUUCUGGGUGGCUCCAGGCUAUACCAGCUAUACUACCAGGGGGAAAAGCACCCCCAAGGUCUGUAGGGUCUGUCUACCCCAGGUGCCACAGAGUCCUAACAGAGCCCAGAGCCCAGGGGAUGGCAGUGAUUACCCCAGGCUUGCAGCUAUGGGGUUGGUUGGAUGUAAGCACCCCAGGGGAGACACCUGAAGCAUGGUUUUGGUUAGGCACGUGAGGUGGGUGGCUCAGUGUAGUAGCACCCCCUACUAUCCCACCACAAGAGUACUUUGCAUUUCUCUGUAUUAAACAACAGCAGGUUGAGGUCUGCCCACUUCACAAGCCUGUCCAGGUUGACCUGUAGUUCCAAUCUGUCCUGGGCCAUGACCACACUCCCCCAUAGAUUGGUGUCAUCAGCGAACUUUGCCAGUUUGCUUUUAAUACCCAACUUCAAAUCAUUGGUGAGCAUGUUGAAAAGCACUGGUCCGAGUACUGAGCCCUGAGGGACACCACCGGUCACCUUCCAAAGGCCUUUUUGAAAUCCAAGCAUAUGGCAUCAACCUCAUUUCCUAUAUGCAGUGGAGAGUUACCUGAUCAUAGAAGGAAAUGAGGUUGGUCUGACGCAACCUGCCUGUGACAAAGCCAUGUUGGCUGCCAUUCAGAAUACUACUUUCUGUUAGCCUGUUAGUGAUGGGCUCUUUGAUAAUUUUCUCCAGGAUUUUACUGGGGAUUGAGGUCAACCUGAUUUGCCUGCAAUUUCCUGGGUCCUCCUUUCUUCCUUUCUUAAAAAUAGGCACCAUGCUGGCCUUCUUCCAGUCUUCUGGGACCUCUCCCAAGCACCAUGAGUCUUCAAAUAACUUAGCCAUAGAUCAUGCAAUGACAUCGGCCAGUUCUUUUAGCACUCCUGGGUGUAGUUCAUCUGGUCCUGCUUACUUGUAGGUAUUUAGCCUUUGUAGGUGCUUCUGCACAAGAUGUAUGGCAAGUAGGGGAGGGUGAUCACCCCCACCAUGAUCAUCCUGUAUCCUGUCAAGCAGGCUAACACCUUGGACUUGUGGCAUACCGACAUGAAGUAUUCAUUCAGGAGUUUGGUUUUGUCCUGAGUGUCGGUUAUCAGCCGUCCCAUUUCAUUUAUCAGGGGCCCUGUGCUUCCCUUGGGGGUUUUUUUGCUGUUUGUUUGUUUUUUUCACUUCCUACAUAUCUAAAGAAGGACUUCUUGUCCUUGAUUCUGGUUGCCAAUUUGUAUUCAGUUUGUGAUUUUGCUGUCCUGAUCUGCUCCCUACAGAUGUGGGCUGUUGCUGAAUAUUCCUCUUUGGUAGUUUUUGCAGACUUACAUCCUUUGCAGGCUUCUCAUUUUAACUUCAGGACAUCCGUGACUUCCCUCUUGAGCUCUUCUGCUGCCUUUCUUACAACUUCCAUUGAGCUUUUAGGAUUACUUCCUUGAGGAAGAGCCACUCUUCUUGUACUCCCUUCCUCAUCAGACCAUGGUCCCGCAGGGCCUCGCCAUCCAGUCUCCUGAGCUUGUGAAAAUCAGCUUUUCUAAAAUCAAGGAUUUCUACCCUACUGGUCGAUUUCCUUGAAUUAUGGUACAUGGAGAAAGUGAUUAUCUCAUGGUUACUGUCGUCCAGUUUCCCCUUGAUCCUCAGGUUACUCAGUAGAUCAUCUCAUUUGGCCAGAACCAAGUCUAGGACUGCCUUGGCCAUUCUAGCCAAGAAAAGCUGCUUCUCCUUCGGCACGAGGUGGAUGCCAUCUCUUCCCAACAAGCCGCAGUCCCUGAGGUGCAUGCCAUGGUUGAAGUAACCGAAGCCCUCGCCCUAACACCAUCGCCAGAGUCUUCUCUUUACUUCUCUGCAUCUAUCCCUCCUGUAUCUGUGGCCCACCACUGGGAGGACCGAGGAGAAAACUACCUGUGCCCCCGACCCCUUCAGCCAAGCCCCCAGAGCCCUGUGCUGUCUCAUGACCCAGGAUUGUUCCUGGCUGUGUCAUUCGUGCCCAUGUGGAUGAGCAGCAUGGGGAAGUGGUUGGAGGGCCAAAGAAGUUUUGGCAUCCUUUCAGCCACAUCCUGGAUGCGAGCCCCUGGGAGGCAGCAGACCUCACAGGUUAGGGGAUAGAGACCUCAUUAGGGAGUGUACUGUAUAUAGACGGGACUGCAUAAUAACUCAAAAAUAAAGCCUCACUCUUUUAUAUUUUGUGUGUGUGUGUGUGUGUGUGUGUGUGUGUGUGUAGGGAGGUCUGUGUGGGGGGUAUAGGGUAUGUUGUGGGGGUGUAUAUGUGGAGGGGUUGGGAGUCAGGGUGUGUGUGUGUGUGUGUGUAAGGUAUGUAGAGUGUGGGGGAGUGUGGGGAUCUCCACACACUCCCCACAUGGUGUGUAGCUCCCGCUGCCUGGAGCAGCAGGUGGUUGGUGGGGAGCCCAGGGAGCUUGUGCCCCACGCAGGCACCUGCACCUGGAGGGCUACGGCUCUGGUCACCUCUGCAGCCAGGGGUCAAGAAGUGCAUCUUGCCCGGCUGCCUCUAUCACAGGGGCUCCACGCUGUGCACCACUGACCCGCACAGAUGGAGGUAGGAGAGGCAGCUGCGUCCAGCGUGGGAGCUGCAGGCACGUGGACCGCUAUAGCGGGGGCAGCAUUCUGCGGUCCCAGCAUUGCAGCUGGAAACCACACGCAAUGGCAUGGAGGGGGCCAGCCCGGCCAGGCACCUCGGCAGAGCGCAGCUCCCGGCUGCAGUGCCAGGACUGCAGAACGCAGCAGGAGCCAGCCCGGCCCCUGUGGUUCCCAAUUGGCUCCUGCUGCCACCAGCCCUGAGACCCGGUGUCCCACGCUUUGGCUCCCUGCCACUGUCUCCCACCCCCGCCCCCCCUGCCACUGCUGCCUUUCCCUGCCACUUCCCUUUCUUCCCUGCCCACCACCACCGCUCAAAUCCCUUCCCCCCCCCGCCCGCCACUCCACCGCCUGCCUGCCUUCCUCUUCGGCAGCACGUGGAUCCCGGCUGAAGGGCAGGGAUCGAAUGGCACAACAGGACCCAGCUGAGAAACCUGUGCCAGGCUGGCUUCUGCUGCACCAGCGACCCUCCCUUGCCCUCCACCCCUUCUUAUCUGAUGCAACGCUCAGGGGAGGGACCCAGGAGAGCCUGCUCCUAACCAGACACUCAGACCCCACAGUCGAGCACUGUGUUCAAAUUGGACUAAGUAAAAUGUACUGGUACUGCAGGAAGACAGAAGAGGAUGGCUGGAAAGAAAUGGCAGACCUCAUCUGGUGGAGAGGGGUCUGGCAUAGACUUUUUCUGGCGUAGACCCUCUGAGGAGGGCAGUGGGUGGGGAUAUGGGUCUGAGGGUCCACAGUUGCGCAGUGCUGUAACCAGUUGGAUAUGAGGGUCCGCAGUUGUGCACUGUGUAACCAGUUUUUUAGUGUGCUUUGAUCUGCCAAAUAAAUCACAAGGGCUACUUGAAAGUGUUGGAGAUAUGCAUGUGUGUAUCUAUCUAUCUAUCUUUGCAAAAAAAAGAAAAAUCACAAGAUAUAUGCUAAGAUUUCAAAGAGGAAAUGAGUGUCAAGAAACAUGCUCACCUGUGUCAGACUUUCUUAACUCUUUGCAUCAACCAUGGUAAACACGUUUAAAAAAAAAAUUGAUUGUCAGUAAAAACCUUGCAAUAAAAAAAAUUUUGGGGUUGGCAACCCUGCUUGACAGCAACAA